CGCGCCCAACGAAUCAUCGAGCCCGGAGUGCGUCAGACAUCCAUGCAGCUAUGCCCUCAUCACCUGGCUGUGCUUGCGCUUGUGCCGGCGGGCUGUCCUGGACCAGCAUGCGCUCCGCCGAGUAGGCUGGCUCAGGUUCUCGAUGUCUUGUUCGACUGGAUCUACGAGAUCGUGCCAGAAAGCGCUAGUCUGGCCGACUGCAUACAACGAAUGCCCUGUGGUCUCGAAAUGCAGAUCAAGACCGUGCAUGGUGUCUUUGAAGCACUGCAAACGCAGGGAGCAGACGCGCUCGCUCGCUACUUCGAGGAGCUCACUGCACUACUAGAUUCGCCCGACGAGCCUGCGAAUGAGCAUCUUCCUCUCAGACGACGAUCGCCCUUGGCAUUCUUUGUUCGACGAUGCCUCUUGACAUAUGAGAGCCUCGACAUCUCAGAGGUCGAGGACUUACUGGCCAGCGUAGCGGCAUACGUAGCCGGACUACCCAAUUUGCGCGUGGCGCAUACAAUUUGCGACGAGAAGCAAGACACCCUCCACCAGAUCCUCAGAGAUAUCUGCUCUGGAUGUUCUCAGAGAGCUCUCGAAGGUGUCAGACGUUAUGCUGAGCGACUUCCCUCAUCAGAUGCCAAACAGACCGAAUUAGAAGAGGCAGAUAGCUACCUCUAUCUUGCACAGAUCUACCUAGACGACGGGAUGUACGAGUCGGCUCACUAUUGCCUGCAAGAGGCGCAGCAAACAGCUCGAUCGAACAAGGAUGCACUCCAGCUCGACGCCUGCGCCAAAACUCGAUACAACAUGGAUCGGCUCACGAGGCGCUUCUCAGUCGCUGUGCCCUCGUUCGUCAGUUCUAAAGAAGACGACAAUCUUGAUGUCUCCGGUCUGAGCCCGACGCAGCCACAGAAAGCUCCGCAUAACAAUCCGAUACCACGCGGCCAGCGGGUGUGGGAGGCUUUCCUUGGCGGCAAGCCUAUCGGCGCGCUGUUGGUCGACCUUGCAUCAUCUUCGGCACCCACGGCCGACGAUAGCAGCCGCACGUGCACCAAGCUGGCCAAAGACGAGGUCGAAGAGCACGCUGUUGCCGCAUUUUUGCAUACCUCACUCGGCGCGUCUAGCGUGGCAGCCGCCCAUGAAGAGAUCGUCAUAGCUGAUGGCGGGAACUCUGGCGAGACUCUCUCGCUGCUUAUCAACCGGGCCAUGCGUGUCGCGCGCAGGGGCGACUAUGAAGCAGCACUGGGCAUGCUCUGGUCACAGCAGCCGCGACUGUCUUUGAGAGCAUGCUCAGAGUUGCAGCGUGCCAGCUACGCGAUUCUGCGCCUGAGAGCCGACCGCGCAUACAUGCCCACUAUCGUGCAGCUGAUCGAUUGUCUUUUGCCGGUCGCAUCGUCGUCGAGCUUGGCUGGCGAGGCUAUCGUCCUGAAGCAGCACAUCACAAGUCGCGACGCCAUUGAGGUCGGCGAGACGGCUGCACCGGACAGUAUCGAGAGAGUCGAAGGUCUUUUGCGCCGGGCACGUAAAUAUAUGAUCGCUGAACGCCCUUCGCAAGCUCUCGCGCGCGUGUUGGAAGCCUUGACGCUUUCGUCACCUGUCGACGGGCAAGGCCUUUCGCGGCUCUAUCACCUCGCACGAGUUAUGCUCGCCGACAUCUUGCUCGCUCACGGUCCGGACGGGACAACGAAGGCUUCCGAAGCGCUCGAUGUUUGCUUUGCAGGAGUCGUCGCGCAAGGAGAUGCCGAAAUCUCAGCGUAUGCGCAUUUGACGCGAGCUCGGGUGCUCAUGGCAGCAAUGGCCACGGAAAAGAACGAAGCUGCAUUGCGGGUAGCGCUCGACAGCCUACACGAAGCGCGAAAAGGCUACCAUGCGACAGGGUGUCUCGCCGAUGGACUGCGCUGUCUGAAGUACAUUGCGCAGAUUCAGCACGAGCUCGGCGAUCUGGCAGGUCGUGAUGCAACGGCGCGACUCUGGCAAUCGGAGCAAGCGAGCAUGACGGGGUCUGCUGGGGACGCGGCGCUGACGAGGGCAGCGAGAGAGCUGAACAGACUUGCUGACAUCAUGUUGGCAAUGUCUGACGGCAUCGCUCAUCAUGCUCGGGCUGUAUAGACUCACACGAGAUUUUUGCCAAGUCUGGCGAGAUGAUAAUUGAUGGUCGGCUUGUUGAGCUUCUGAUACUUGCCGGCCUUGGCCAUGCACCUCUGGAAACUCCGCACAGAAUCCUGGCAGCGGGUGCUCUGGCUCUUCGCUUCCAGAGCAGCCUCGGUGCUCGUCAGUGAGGCGAAACAUGCAAGCAGAGCUGCCAUCUCGGGUCCACAGGCUGCCUCUGCUGUCAGCUUGCC